CCUCUUCGCCCUCUUUGCCAACCAGGGGGCCACUGGUUGGGGAUGACCUUCUGGCUCGUGGCUCAGCAGAGCGACAUCGUCGCCGGCACUUGGUCCCGGAGGCUGUUCAACCCGCUCGCCGGAGCCCUGUUGGUCUUCUGCUACGUGAAUCUCUGGGCCAGCCCCUCCAGAAACAGGCUCGUCACGUUCUACCUGGUGAUGUUAAUAGAGAACGUCGUCCUUUUGCUUCUGGCCACGGACCUCCUCCGGGGGACGUCCUGGCGCGGCGGGUGGGUAACGGCGGUCGUCCUGUCUGGAUUUGUCAUAGGCUGUGCCUCCCUGAUCAUUUACUACAGCCUGCUACACCCCAAAUCCACAGAAAUCCGGCAGCGUUUCCGAGGGAAGUCUCGGGACGUUUCCAGGAAAGGGCCUUCUUUCCCGUCGGCCGGUCGGUCCGAGGAAAGCUUCGAGACUCCAUCCUUGGGGGGGGCGAGGCCACGCAACGUCCCCGAGGUUGAAAAGUCACGGAGUCUCCCUUCGGGGGAGGAGGGUCUCGGAACCCACCACCACUGGCUCUUCGUGAGGCUGGCCUUGAAAACGGGAGACGUGUCCAAAAUCAAUGCAGCCUUUGGAGAGGGCGGCAUCGGCGAUGUUUUUCUAGCCACCCGGGGAGUAAAUCAAGAUCGGGACCCACGGCUUUCGGAUUCAGAGAUGGGCUUUUCUGGCCCUCAUAGAAAUGGACCAGUAGCCCAGGGGAGCGCAGGGAAAGCCUCAGAAGCCCAGGACAGCCCAGAAACCAAAGGAGGACGGUUGGACGCUUCAAGUUACCUCACCCUUCCCGGCAGCCGGGACGACAACACGGCUACCCCGGACGCACGGCCGUCCGACCGCGAACGUCCCGUGAAGGAGAGGGGCACCCAAGGGUCGACAGGGGGCUUCUUGGUGAGCGAGCGGAAUCGUGAGGGAGGAGAGGCGGGCCGAGACCCACCCCGGCCAGCUGGGAGGAGUGACGACGCGGAGAGCCGCGGCGGCCGAGCGGGAGCCGAGCAGGGGCGGGAGAGCGCCACGUUUUACUACCCCGCCGCGACGGAGGGGAGCGGGUCUCCCCGCUGGGGCGGCAAACCGUCGCCGGGGCCUACCCCGGCCGCACCGGGCCCCGAGGAGGCCAGCCGGGCCGGGUCGGGGGCAGACCCCGGGACGUCUCCGGUCUCCCUGGCCGGUGUGAGCCCGAUACUGGGCCGGGCCUCAGUCGGCAGCUGGAGACGCAGUACGGAUCUGGGGGAGGGCGGCGGGCGCGCCUUGCCCGCACCGUCCGCGGACGCUUCGCAGGAAGGGCUCUUUAGGGUUGAGGGGUGCCAUCUUGGAUCAGUGGGGGCUCGGGAGUCUUCGGAGAAUGGCGCACUGGACACCGGGGAGGAGCCGUGCUUCACGUCUACCCCGAAAUCUCAAGCUUCCAAGCGGGGCUGCGAUUGGAGGGAGAGACCGAAACGAGAAAAAAGCGUGCUCUUCUGAAAGCCAAACGCGGGAUGAUCUCUAUUAAUACGGAAAGGAUGUUGGUUGGAAUUGCGAAAUUCCUGCCCACCUUAGGGUCUUGGAUCCCUUCACAUCCAUCCCACCCCUCCACCUGGGAAUGAAAGACCAAACAAUCAGUCACUCCCACCUCCUUUCACGGUGGUCAGUA